AUGCCAUCGCUACGCCAGGCCCUAUACAACAACAAGCCAAUACUGCUGGGCCUCUUAGUAGCGCCGCUGGGCCUAUACAUUGGUGUUCAGCUAAAGGACCGACGCGAAGAGCAGCAGAAAACCACGGUUAUGCGCGCACCCACCGAAAUACCCGAGAACACGCAAAUCCGAUUGGAACUCCAGGACCGGCAGGAGUCACAGCUUUCGGUGGAGCUCGAGUCCUUGGAUAGCAAGAUGCAGAGGCUAGAUGAAAUGCAGGGUAAAUAA